AUGCCCCCUAACCUGGGAAUAAACAACAACAAGAACAACAAAUUUGGGGAGUUGGAUGAACUGUUGCAGGCAGACAAGAAUGCUGCAUUAAAGAAAGCUCUGACUUGUGGUAAUGUAUCAUUGAUUGAAGACCUCUUAAACUCAGGUAUAAGCAUAGAAUCUAGCUUUCAGUUUGGGUGGACUCCCCUAAUGUAUGCGGCCAGCGUGGCUGAUGUUGCUGUAGUGCAUCUCCUGCUAGACAGAGGAGCUAAUGCAAGUUUUGAAAUAGAUAAGUACACUGUGCUGAUGGCAGCAUGUACUGCACAUGCUUCAGAGGAAAAGAUUUUGAAGACUGUAGAACUACUUCUAUCAAGGAAUGCUGAUCCUAACCUUCCUUGCAGGAGACAAAUGACUCCACUGAUGUAUGCAGCGAGAAAAGGGUAUCCUCAGGUUGUUGCCCUUCUUGUUGCUCAUGGAUCACACAUAAAUGCCCAGGAUGAAAAUGGAUAUUCAGCAUUAGCAUGGGCAGCACGCCAUGGACAUAAAAAUGUAGUUUUAAAAUUGCUUGAACUUGGAGCUGACAAAAAUCUACAGACUAAGGAUGAUAAAACAGCAGCUGACCUCGCAAAAAUGAAUAAACAUUCAGAGAUUUAUAGUUUGCUUUCUUUGACUGCGAAUCCCUUGCAAGGGAGAUGCAACAAAAUGAUUAAGAUGGACACUAUCUACGACUUUUUGACAGCUGUCCCUGACCACGGAGCUGGUUCCUAUUCAGCACUUUCAGACAUGGAAGUAUUUUUACAUGGUCUUGGUCUGGAACACAUAAUAGGAUUAUUAAAGGAAAAAGAUGUUACUCUAAGACAACUUGUGAUCAUGAAAAAAGAUGAACUAACACAGAUCGGCGUUACAAAUCCCAGAGAUCAACAGAAACUCCUAGAUUCUAUUACAGAGCUACAACUUGAAGAUAUAAGAAUUGGAGACCUCCCUGAAGUGCUGAAGCUGGAAGUCAGUGGAGAUGAGUUCCUCAAGUUUCUUCAGAAGUUGAAUAAAGAGUGUGGUAACCUGACCGUUCCUGUGCAGACCAUAAAUAAGCAUUUGCUCACAAAUUCUCACAAGGUAGUACUGCAGUGGGCACCAGCUGAAAGGUUUGCUGAAGUUUGCAAAGACUUGGUUUGCAGUGUGGAAAAGCUGGGAAAAGAAGUUGCGAUGCUGAAGAACCUCCUGGAAGAGAAUGAACGGAGGGAUGAUCCCAGCCGAGUGGAAUUUCCAGAAGAAGCACCUACCUUGGAAAACAGAUUAGUAAAAAUGGGAGUGGUGACAUUGUUUGGAUUGGGUUUUUUCUUCAUUAUAACUAAGCUAGCCGUCAAAAAAACACAACUUUAA